UGCUAUGUGGAUAUUUGUUAGCAAUGACUGAUGUGGAAUCUACAUAUGCAGACUUUAUUGCUUCGGGAAGAACAGGUAGAAGAAAUGCGUUACAUGACAUACUUGUGUCCUCUCCGAGUGGGAACUCCAGUGAACUAGCCUUAAAGCUAUCAGAGCUUGAUAUAAACAAAGCAGAAGGAGAAGGAGAUGCACAACGAAAUCCAAGUGAGCAAACCGGGGAGGCCCAAGGGGAGGCAGCAAAGCAAGAAAGCUGACAUCCGACUUUGACCGACUGGAGCAGCUGCUGGAUGUUUUCAGACUACGAGAGCAUGCUGGAACAAAUCUGUUUCCAUGAGCAAGCUGGUGGAAAAGAAAGUGCAUGUGUCUUCACUGCUGGAACCCACGCAACACAAUGCUAAAAAUGGGGGUACAAGCUGUGGCAGAAGACAGAAUUUUCUCUACCUCUGUCAUUAGCAAUGGUUGAACGUGUAUUGAUUUUUUUGGGAUAGUGUCAUCAGAUGGAUCCCUUCAUAAUGACUACUUGAUGGGAACACUUUUAGAAAGUAGAGCAGGUAAAUCUUGUAGCAAAUGGCCUUUGAAACGUCAGAGGAUCUAAUUGUGUAUCUUAAGCAAAGGCUUGUGUGAUCCUCAGAGUUUAAAAUUCUCUGGCCAAAGUGUUCACCCAUUAAAAGAACUGUAAAGAAAGCACUGUUUUUAGAACUUUGCAUCUGUUUUACAGCUCUGUUAUUUACAAUGGUUUUUGUAUUGUACGACUUAGAUGCUCCACACUGCCCCUUCUCAACUGCUUAUGAAGAAUAUUUCUGUUACUGUGAAUUUUUCUACCACGCGUUUUGAAAGGGCUGGUUUUUUGCAUAAUGUGGUGAUGUGCACAUGAUAGAUUUAAAACGUCAACCGCUAAAUUGAUUAUGCCUAAACCUAAACGACUCAGCAACACUCUAAUUUGUUACUAGACGAGCCUUCAAAACAAUUUGUUAAUGUGAAUACUUCAGCGUGUUUUGUGUCCUUGGUACAGUUUUGCCACUUGCCUGUAGUUAGUUGCAUAUCAGAGACUCAAAUUGAAUCUUUUAUGUUAUUUUUCCCCGUUUUUCUGAUUUUACUCCCAAUUUCUUAAUCUUUCUCCAAGAUAUUUUUUUAAAAUGUUAGUCCAAGUAUUUUAUUGUUACGGUAGUUUUAAUAAUACAUUUAUAACCUUACAUGGGUUAAAAUACAAAGAAAUUCCGU